UUGGGGCUGUCCUGAUCCAAGACGAUGGCAAAACUCCCCACCGCGUUAUUAGCUUCGCAUCGAAAGCCCUGACAACGAUCGAAAGAAGUACCCGCAGAACCAACGUGAAGCAUUGGACGCAGUGUGAGCCGUGGAGCACUUCGCCUACUUCCUGCUAGGAAGACACUUUACGCUCCGGACUGACGCCCAGGGUUUCACGUUCAUCACGAACAGAUUGCGCGAAGAUUCGAAGCGAGCUUUGAAUCGAGCAGACGGAUGGGCUCUUAGGCUGAGCCCUUAUUGCUUUGAUGUGGAAUAUGUGCGAGGGAGAGAGAACAUCGCGGAUCCAUCAUCAAGACUAUAUGAAGGUAUGGACGGUCCCUUCGAAGAAGAAUCAAGCCCGUGGGAAAUCGCAUCUGUCGAAGUGAACGAGAUUGGAUUGUUAACGGAGGAUGAAAUCAAACAGGCUACGGCAAUGGAUGCACAGCUGACAAAGGUGACUGACGCCCUUGAGACGAGUUUUUGGCCAAAGGAUCUGAAGAGAUUCGAAGCACUGCGUGACGAUUUAACUCUGCGGGACGGUAUAGUCGUAAAAACCGGCACCACAGUUAUUCCAGAGGCCUUACGUCAGAAAACGCUGCAGAUCGCCCAUGAAGGCCACCCGUCAACGGCAAAAUUCAAACGCAUUUUAAGACAACGCGUAUGGUGGCCUGGUAUGGCAAGGGAUGCGGAAGCAUGGGGAAAAUCUUGCGAAAUCUGCGUAACAAACGGAAGACCCGAAAGGCCUACUCCCAUGGAGAGAGUUUUCGCCUCAGCCUCGGUGUGGGAGACGGUCGCCAUUGACUUUAACGGACCCUACACUAAGUUCAAUAGCAUCUUAAUCCUGGUUAUAGUGGACUACCGAUCCAGGUAUGUAAUUGCUAAACCGGUCCCAUCUACGAGUUUCGAGAAUACGAGAUCCGUGUUGGAAGAGGUUUUCGACAGAGAGGGUUACCCGAAACACAUAAAAUCGGACAAAGGUCCCCCCUUUAAUGGCGAAGGAUAUAAAGACCACUGCCGAGAGCACGAUAUUCUCACCAUAUUCUCCACCCCGCUAUAUCCCCAGCAAAAUGGCCUAGAGCUAAAAUAA